CGAUCCAAGCCUUUUGAAAGUUUUUGUUUUGAAUAUUUUCGAAUUUGCGAUGCUAAAAAUCGACAGUUGAUGACUUGAUAGUAAUACGCUAUAAAAAGUUAGUUAAUAUGAUUAUUUUAACAGAAAAUUUUGGUUUCUUCAACUUUCUUAAUUGAUUGAUCCUAAGCCAGAAACGGCUGCACAGUGCACACCCUCAAAAGGAUGUGCAUCUAGUCAGUUAUCGCUUUUAUCCCGCGUCUUCCUUUUUUUGUGAAUAACAAUCGUUAAAAUAUACGGUUAUUUUAUCACUUCCACGUUAUGAAUUUAUGACUGAUGUGAGACACCCACCACAAGGUAUAACUCCAAGAGCUGAAACCACGACCCCGGGUCUUAUCAGUCUGCAACUCUGCACCCUUCUCUAGGAAGAGAAAAGAGUUGUUGCCCUUGUAGUAUUUGAAUGGCUCUUUCGAGCAAUCUGGAAUUUUUUCUUGAUUCGUUUGGACAGAAUUAUCCUGAAGAACAACAUGGAACUUUGGACUGUAUCAGCAUUGCGCUGACAUGUGCUUUCAAUCGACAGGGAACGUUGUUGGCCGUGGGCUGCAACGAUGGGCGCAUCUGUAUCUGGGACUUCACUACGCGAUGCAUCGCGAAGAUUAUUACGGGACACGUGCAUCCCGUAUGUUCCUUGAGCUGGAGUCGUAAUGGGCAGCGUAUAGCCAGCUGCAGCACGGACAGCAAGGUGUGCAUUUGGGAUACGUUGAGUGGCGAACCAGUUUGGCAGUACAACUUCUCCACACCUAUCAUGAAAGUCCAGUGCCACCCGCGAAACAUGGACGAAUACGUCGUCGUUCCCUUCAAACAGCUGGCUUUGGUAGUCAAGCUGGGACGGCCUGGCUUCACCCGUUUACCGACCGAAGACGGUGCCGACGAUUACCACACAUACGCGACGUACAGCAGGCGGGGCGAUUACAUCAUUACCGGCAAUCCCAAAGGUCACGUAAUGGUACUGGAUUCUGUGACCAUGCAAGUCCGUGCCUCUUUUCGGAUUAUGACUGCCGCGGCUACUGCUACAGCUAUUCGAACUAUUGAAGUUUCUCGACGUCUAGAAAAUAUGGUUGUAAACACCGCUGAUCGGAUUAUCCGUGUAUACAGACUGUCGGACAUUAUUUGUGCUGGCCAGGGUGGUGACCCAGAACCUUACCAAAGGUUGCAAGAUUUGAUUAAUAAAAAUGCAUGGAAAAAGGCCUUUUUCUCAGGUGAUGGAGAAUAUGUUUGUGCUGGGUCAGUGCGGUAUGCACUGCAUAUCUGGGAGAAUUAUACGGGCACAUUGGUAAAAAUUCUUCACGGAACAAAAGGUGAAACGCUUAUGGAUGCAGCAUGGCAUCCCGUGCGACCAAUCAUAGUUUCCGUGUCGGGAGGAAUUGUCUCCAUUUGGUCACAAACUCACAUUGAAAACUGGAGCGCAUUUACACCAGAUUUCCGUGAGUUGGACGAGAACGUUGAGUAUGAGGAGCGAGAAAGUGAGUUCGAUUUGGAAGAUGAAGAUCGCAGCGUUAAAGAAGAGGAAGAAAUUAGGGAUGAAAACGAUUACGUGGACGUUGUCACCGUGGAAAAGAAUACGGCAUAUUGCAGCAGCGAUGAGGAGGAAGAAGAUCCCGGGGCAGUGCUGUAUAUUCCUAUUACUCCUGAAAUAGAAGACCCGGAAGACGUUGCUUGGAUGAUGGAGAUGUAUCCGGAAUACAUACCGCCUAUGAUGCCUGCACCCCCGGCAAGCCCACCGAAAGCGGCGGAACCUAAACGACCCAGGAGUCGCAAGGAUUCACAGACCGGUUAUCCACCAAAACGACCUAAGAUGGAUUCACCUGCCAGCGCAGACAGUGGACGGUCUCGAUCGGAUUCACAAUCGUAGACUGACCAUUUUCCAUGAUCAACAGCGUAGCAGUAAUCCCAAUUGAUUGUAAUGUCUGGUUCUGUUAUGAUUUUUCACAUUUUGUAUGAGUAUGAUUAAGUACAGUUUUUGGCAUGCGAAAGUUUUUGAAUCGUUCCGAAGUACUGCUGUGGAGCGGUGAUGUUUGCUUUUCCUUUCUCAGGUCUUCUUUGCAGUUAAAUGCAUUUAAUUAAUUAUUUAUAUCACAGUUGGAUUUUGAAUAAUUACUUUUGAUGUGUUUUUUUUCCAAAUUGAGCCGGUAGGGUCUCCAAAGCAUGAAUGAAAACAAAA